GGCACUAUGGUGAGUUCAUCAGGAAUAAGGAAAGGUGCAUGGACCAGGGAGGAAGAUAUACUUCUAAGGGAUUGCGUUGAGAAAUAUGGUGAAGGAAGAUGGCAUCAAGUUUCUUCCAAUGCAGGCUUGAAUAGAUGCAGGAAAAGCUGCAGGUUGAGGUGGUUGAAUUAUCUCAAGCCAGGUAUCAAGAGAGGACAGUAUUCUGAGGACGAAGAAGACUUGAUUAUCAAGCUACACAGGUUGCUUGGCAAUAGGUGGUCAUUGAUUGCUGGUAGACUUCCAGGAAGAACAGCAAAUGAUUUAAAGAAUUAUUGGAACACAAACCUGCGUAAGAAGGUGGUUUCUGGCACCAGAGAAGCUCAAACAAAACCAGAACCAAAAGCCAGCAUAAUAAAGCCUCGACCUCAUAAAUUCAAAAGUUUAUGCUGGUUAGGAGGAAAAGGUAUUCCAUUUUUCAAUGGUGGUUUUCAAUAUGGGUACGAUCUUUGUAAGCCAUGGUCUUCAUCAGCAUUAUCCCCUUCCGAUAUUAUUGAAGUUGAAAGUAUGUGGUGGGAAAGCUUGUUAGAUGACAAAGAAAUUAAUGUAUCGAGCAACACCGGAUGUCUCCGUUCGGGGUCAGAAUCUGACCAAGAGCCCAUCAAAAGUCUUUUUGCAGAGGACAGCGCUCCAGAAGGGAUGAGAAUUGGAGACGUGUUCUGUGAACAAGGACAGCAUUGGUGGAGUGGCAAUUCUUUUGAUGCAGCAGGCCUUUGGAAUUUAGUCAAUACUUGA